AUGUGCACUCGAACGCCGACCCUAUGGGCCAAAAUCAGCCUGUACAGCAGCAGAUACGGAGAUAUUAAAUACAAUGGAAAUUUCGAGGGAGAUCUAAUUGAACUUUGGAAGACGCAUGCAGGGACAAGGGCGAUUUCCAAGGGCAAUGUUACCAUCUGCUGUGAUGGAGCCCAAUUGCGAGAUGCGCUCCAAAGGGCGAAAUCAGUACCUGUCAGCUUCGAGGUUCACGCCGACAAGAUUUCCUACGAUGAACCAUGGAAUAUCUCCGACGAGUACUUUAGGGAUCUUCGCAUCGAGUCGUUGAGUUUAAUCAUGGCUCCUGUGCAGCAAAUGUACGGCGCGCCUUUCUACCUCCUUUGGCAGAUUGUCUCCCAAUCGAGCGUCUCUACGAUGGAGAGGCUCGUCUUCCCUGCACAAUUCUCCCUUCCUAGCGUGUUCUCAUCGCGGCUCGACGCGUUCGCCUAUAAAUUAAACAAGCUCGAACUGGGGGCACACCAGAUUGAUGUGCUCACCUAUUACGACACGCAGUGGAAGGAGAGGAUCGAGCACCUUGAUAUCUGGUCGGAAAAUUAUACCAUUCCACCACCCAACAGCACCAUGGGGGCGUGGGCCAACCUUGUAUCCCUAUACUUUGGUGCAGGCAGUUGGCCGCACUGUACUUCAUCCGCACUCGAGUUUCAUCGACUGGAAACACUCAAAAUCGAUGGAAACUUUUACCGUCUUGACGUUCUCUACCUCCCAGCUCUCCGUAUGCUGAGGGCAUUUUGGGGGGAACUCGAUGAGACACUGCGCCCACAAAACCCCAUCUCGAACGAUUCGCUUGCCAACUCUCGAUACUCUCCAGAUAGAGACGCCAGACACCGGAUGGCUCAACGCGCUCAAUGUACCGGCUUUGCGGCAAGUCACCAUUCAAUUACAGAAUGCCUCUUCCGCUGA